CACAAAUACGAGAGAGUUAAAUUUAAUUCAAAGAUCUAAGUUAGAAAAAAUUGAGUUAUUAUAUAUGACUCCUCAUCAACGAAGAAAAGAAAAUUGGUUUCCAUUUGUUAUUUUCUACGAAUGCCACACGGUUAAACUUCGUGAGCAUAUAAUUGAUAUCCAAAAUAAUCGAUGGUCAGGUUAUGAAAAGCCUUUUAUUUCAAAGGCUCUUAAUGAAAUACUUCGUCUUCUUGGGGAACCGCCCUCUUUUGAACAAAUUAAGAAAGAUAUUGAAGAUCUGCGUAGACGAAUUGAAGAUCUGCCCACUCUUAGACAAAUUGAGGAG